AUGGUGGGAACGGUGCCUAGUGUCGAGCCGACCGAGCCCGGCAACAUCGGUAGUUACGGUAUGUUCGGUGGCCACACCAACACCACCAACCGCCGGCGGAAGACACCGGCAGGUCCGGUGUCGGAGUCGUUGAUGCUCGUGCUGCUCACCGUGACCGUAAGUCUGUGUCUGAGCGGUGCAGCCUCCGAGUUCGCGGCAAACGCUAGUGAGAGUGAACAUCAUCAUUCCUCGGUGACGGUCACGACGGAAGCUCCCGUCCCGAACAACUACAGUGGGCGGGCGACGACCGGUAAACCGAUGUUCUCCACUGGCAACCAUCUGUGGGAUGCGCUGAUCGCUGACUGCCUGCGGAAACCGACGUUCGCGUGCAUCCAGAAGAACGUCUACAACUUUCUCGGCGAGCAGCUCGAGGUGGAGAACAUGAACUUCACCAACCGGGUGCAGUUCCGGAGGAAUCGGGUGGACUUUGCCAAGUAUACGCGCGAAGCGAACGAGCUGGACGCGGACGAUGACAACGAAAUUCCCGACGACGCACGAAGCGCCCUGUUCGAGCCGUCGUCACCGAUCGAGGAGGUAACCACGGCGCUGCGCGACAAGAGCCUAAAGUUCAUGCUGACGCACGACGUGAACAUCCAGCUGCCCGAGAUCCUGUUCGACGGUGCCGUGUUCCGCGUGCAGCCCCGCGCGAUCGAGGGCAACGGGAUGCUGGCGAAACUGGAACUCGUGCCACGGACCGAGCUGGCCGAAGCGCGGGGUCACGGCACGCCGAGAAUAUUUUUUUUAAAAAAGAUCAAGAAAUUCUUCCAAAACAAACUGCUGCUGGCGUUCUUGGCGAUCGUGCUCAUCAUCAAGAUUAUCAAGAUCAAGGUCAUGUGGCUGCUGCCGCUGAUGGUGGGCGUCGGCACGGCCAAGAAGCUGGUGCUGAAGUUCUUGCUGUUCCUGUUCCCGGCCCUGGCCCACAUCUUCAAGCUCUGCUCGUACUACCACGCCUCGUAUCAUAAGCCCAACUUCCACCACCAUCAGCACCACAUCAGCCAUCUCCAUACGUUCUAUCCCCACGGACCCGAGCAUGGCGGACCGGAGCUGAUCUACACGAAACCCCCCCGGGGCCAUCCAUCGGAGUACCUGCACGGAGCACCGGUUCCACCGCACACGCACUACCAGCCGGAAGUAAACUACGAGUUCACGGCGCCGGGUCUUGGAUCAGAGUUCAUUAGCGAUAGAAACUCGAACGUAGAAACGUCGUUCAAGCCAAAGUACGAUGACUUGAACGAUAUCAAAGCAUGGGGUUUGGGCGAAAGCACAAAUACAUCAGCACAACCACAAUCAUCGCCAUACUUCAUCUCUCCGCCCGGUGGCGGCAGUGGCGGCGGCGGCAGCUACAAUGUAAAUCCACUCACGCAUCACGCAUCGGGCAGCAGAGUGUUGAGCCCCAAGCCCGUGUACGGUCCGCCCGGGUUCACGUCUACGGCCCAGAAACGGAUUCCAACCGGAGCGGCCACCUCCAUCGCAGCCCAGUACGUGUCGGCCCCGUCCGGACCGACGCUGUCGGCGGAAGAACAGAUUAUCCGUGAAGCUCAGCGACAGGAAGCUUACAGGAUAGCGCAGGAGCAGAAGCUGAUAGCGAAACAGCAGGCGAUCGUCAAUCAGCAGGCAUACGUCCAGGAAGGCGUCACUCCGCGGCCGGUCGAUCCGUUCUACAGUCCCAUCCUGCAGCGGCUGGACAAGGUGUUCAACUCGCUCGGCAUCGUGGACGAGAACUGCCGAGAACGGUUGGUCUGCAGCAUGUAUAAGAAUCCCGUCAAGUACAGCCCGCACAGCAACUACGUAUCGGCGGAACUAAGCAGAGAUGCUACGGAGCUACAGAAGCCAACCUCGACGAACGCGGCCGUGGUCCGGUUCUACAGAUACGUUCAGGCGGCACGCGAUGGCCAGGAUCAGAGGGAUUGUCAGAGGCUCUACUCGCUGUGCACGAUCAACAUGGAGAAGAAGAAGAAAUAA